AUGGCCAGCGCCGCCGAACCCCCCGGCCAGGCGGCCGAAUACCUGCAGGAGCUGACCCGGAUCGUCGCCGCGCAGCAGGAGCUGCUGGCGCGCCGGCGGCGGCGCAUCGAGGAGCUGGAGCGCCAAGUGGCGCGGCUGAGCCGGGAGAACGCCGGCCUGCUGGAGCGACACCGGCGACACCUGGCCGCGUGCGCCCGCCGCCCCGACCCGGGCCCGGGUCCCGGCCCCAGCCCGCAGCCGCUCGGCGCCAUCCCAGAGCUCGGCGGUCGCCGAGACAAGUCGGAAGGAGAAAGCUCACGGAGCGUCAGGAGCUCCCUGGACACCGGAAGCAGCCUCUCAACUGACCGCUACAGACAUUACCAGAUGUCCCUGCGGCAAGGGGAUGACCAAGAUGCCACUGGUGGAGAACCAUUGCUCUAGAAGCAGCAUUUUUGCUAAUGACACU